GCAAUUUCAACUCAUCACAAAGGAAUGGCUGAUAAAAAUCCCUUUAAUUUCCUCCUCCUCCUUUUCUUCUUCCAGGCUCCAGGCACCCUAAGUUUCAUCUUCAAUGGCUUCAAUGGAAGUGAAACAAAUCUUACCCGUGAAGGCGCUUCCAUUGUUAAGCCUAGUGGUGCGCUUGAACUCACUAACCAAUCCCGCAAUAUCACAGGCCAUGCAUUCUAUUCAAAACCAACACAAAUGCUAAACAAAAGUACUUCAAAUGCUUCUUCUUUCAGCACAAAUUUAGUUUUUGCCAUAGUACCCCCUAGUUCUGGCCAAGGAGGAUACGGACUUGCCUUCACCUUAUCCCCUUCUCCAAACUUUACCGGUGCUGAAACGGCUCAUUACAUGGGAAUCUUCAACUCAUCUUGUGAUAGUAAUCCUUCCAACCAUAUAUUUGCAGUUGAAUUCGACACUGUAAAAGGAUUCGAGGAGAAACAUGAGGCUAAAGGAAAUCACGUUGGGAUCAACAUCAACAGCAUGUCAUCAAAUUCAUCAAGGCUGGCUUCUUACUACUACUCUGAUCACAAUAACGAGGAAUAUAUAGAUUUGGAAAGUGGUGAUCCCGUCCAGGCCUGCAUAGAGUAUGAUGGCAUUACUAAUCUUGUGAAUGUCACAAUUUUUCCUAGAGGAAACCAUGUACGUGGGUUUCUCCGCCUCCACCGGACCACAGAAGAUGAGCUCUCAUUACAUCUUAUGCUGGAGUUUUUCGACCAAUGGAAGAGCUUCGCCGCUCAAUAUUUCCCAACUUCCUCUGCCACCCCCGAGGAGGAAAGAUUCCCCUGCUUCUGGGUGUUGAAGUCUCGUGAGGAUCUUGAAGAUUGGGAGUUGGAUUGUCCUCACAGGUUUCAAUACAGGGAUCUUUAUAUAGCGACGAAGAGGUUCAAAGACAGUGAGAUAAUCGGAAUUGGCGGGUUCGGAAAAGUCUACAGAGGAGUAUUACCCACAAACGGAACUGAGGUUGCCGUUAAAAGGAUCGCUCGGAGUUCAAUGCAAGGGCUGAGGGAAUUUGCAGCGGAGAUUGAAAGCUUGGGAAAGUUAAGGCACAAGAACUUAAUUAAUCUCCAAGGAUGGUGUAAGAAAAAGAAUGAUCUUCUCUUGAUCUACGAUUACAUCCCAUAUGGAAGCCUUUACUCUCUUCUCUUUGAACGCCGAGACGGGCUCAUAUUGAGCUGGGAGCAGAGUAAUGUCCUGAUAGACGCAGAUAUGAAUGCCAGAUUAGGUGACUUCGGGCUUGCAGGACUAUAUAACCGUGACACAGUUUCUCACACAACCAAUAUUGUUGGGACAAUUGGGUAUAUUGCACCAGAAUUGGCACGGAAUGGGAAGGCCUCCACCAGCUCCGAUAUUUUUGCCUAUGGGAGAAUGGGUCAGGCUCUUGGUACUGUGGAUCCAAAACUGGGUUCAAGUUACGUGGUUGAAGAGAUGAAUCUGGUUCUUGAGCUCGGUCUCCUCUGCACACAUUAUAAACCGGAGUUUAGGCCUCGGAUGAGACAGAUGUUGCGGUACCUGAAUGGAGAUGACCAGCUUCCUCCUUCCAUUCAGAACUGGGGUUCAUAUGAUUCUCGGGAAGAAGUGUAUUCAAGAUUCUUGGAAGCAAUUUCGUCUGACACGAUCUCAUGGUCGUCAUAUCCCUCAUCUUCCUCGGAUGCAUUUUCUCUUUCAGUUCUCUAGAAACUCCCAGAUCUUUUGAACUCUGUAAAGGUUGAAUUCAACCUGGAAAUUAAUAUUUUAAUUUAUUCUCAAUCCACAGCUUAGAGAAAAGGACAUUGAUUUCUUGAAUUUGGUAAUGCAUAAAUGUCUCUUACACCUGUUUGGUCAAGUUCCAUAACCGUUAUUGAGAAGAUGACAAUCAAUUAGAUGAGGGAAGAACGGUAAAUCAUGCGGUUGAAUCUUCCUGUACUCAAUUUCUUGGUCUGUAGACAACUGCAGUCAAAAUCAAGGCGGGGUUUAAUAAAGUCUCAACUUGUAA